AUGUUUAACCCGUAUCAGAUUCGCGGUAUCGGGUAUCUUGGAACUAAUUGGAUUUGCGGCGAGAUUGAGGACGAAGGUAACCAUGGCAACGAUGACACUCGACUGUUCAUCUUGUCAACGUUGGCUGGGCAACACAAGCCAAGAGUAUCCUGCGCUCUCUGCAAAGAAACUCUGCACGUCUUUGAUCGUUAUCCUCUAGUCGAUGGUACCUUCUUCUUAAGUCCAAGACAGCAUACGAGCAGCGCUGUGGAGGUCAAAGUGGAAGGGCGCACCCAAUACCUAACGUGUGUAUGCAUGGGCUGCCUGGAGAGAUGCGACCCCGAGAGGACCAUCCGCUGCCGGUUCUGCGGACAGAAGUGGGACGGCACGUCGCUCGUGCUUGGCACCAUGUACUCUUAUGAUAUCUUCAUGGCGACACCCUGCUGCGCGGAACGAUUGAAGUGCAACAGCUGUUACAAGCCCCUGCUGCAUCCACAGCAGCGGCUCAACUACUCCGACUACUCACACCCGGUGACGUGCCCGCAUUGCCGCGUGCUGGACACCCAUUUCACGGCGGUGCCGGGGACCUCCCCCGGCACCCCCCCUGCUUCCACUGACGCAUGGAACUUCGCACCGUCGCCACCACGCCGCGCCUCGCCCCCCGCUUUACGUCCCGUCGUCAACACCAGCAUGGCAUCCCGCGUGCCAGAGCCCGAAGAGCCUAAAUACAUCACGCCGACUCUCGCCAGUAUCACCGAGUCGCUCAACUUGCUCGGGUUGAGCCCGGAGACGCUGGCGAUGAGUUUAGGGGAGUCGCUCGCCGAGCGCUACCUCGCUGCGCUUAGGCCCAAGCAGCCUGAGCGGCCUCUGCCUACGCUCGGCGGCUGCGGCCGACCGCGGCCGACCCCCCUCGCCGACUCGUCGCAACUUCAGCUCUUCUCGAACGACUUCAUCGACUAUUUGAACCAAAUCGCGUAA